AUGCGGACUUGCUUGAAAGCUGUAGCUGAAUCUGCAAAUCUGACCCAAGUUUCUGAUAAUGUGGAGUGCCAAGAUAUAUAUACCAGUGAAUCUAUGCAUAUGGUCAUUCCUUCAGAUGAAGCUGUUGGUGUUCAUCAAGUUACUGACUUUCAAUCUACCCCGACCGUAUUUGAUUCAGGGCAACCGCAAGUAAUUGAUUAUAGGAAUAUUGAGUUCAACUUUGAACCUUCGGAAAGUGAAGUUGAUGGGCACCAUGCAUCAGAGUUAGAUGUUGAAGAAGUCUAUAACACAUCAAACGAAAUCGGGCCAGAUUUCACUGUAAAUGUUAAUGCUAUUAUUGAUUCCAGUGAUGCAGUUGGGAUGGAAGUGGACCACUCUAAGAACAAUGGAGCUGGUCCGUACUCAUUUGUUAUGUCAGGUGUCAAUUAUCAUAGUAUUGGGAGCUUAUUGCCAUCAGAGGGUUCACGGCCUGUUUAUUCACAGCUCUAUAUAUAUGACACAGAGAAUGAAGUAAGCAAUCGAAUAGCAGCUGUUAGCAAACACUCGAAGGAGUCCACAAUCAAUCAUGAAAUUGUUCUUCAGAUCAAGAAUGAGUUAGACCAUGUUAACCCAUUCGUGCAACAAUAUCGUCGUGCCUCAUCAAUGCUUAGUCAACCCAAUUCUACACCACUCAAAUUGUGCCUUCUUAGUUCUAGACAAUGUGAUGGUAGAACAUAUAAUUUGCCUACUGCUUCAGAAGUAGCAGCAUUAAUUGUUGGAGAUAUUGAUAUGUCUUUCACAUUCAGGGAUAUUAUUGUGCAUGAGCAUUCAGGCACCCCACAAAGAAUUAAUGAACUACAUGCCUCAUAUUUAGCCCUACAAUACCCGAUUCUUUUCCCUUUUGGUGAAGAUGGUUAUAGAGAUGACAUUGAACAUAGAGAAGAUACAUUGAGCUCUACAAAAGUUAGAACACGGCUUAGCAUGCAUGAGUUUUUUGCUUACAGAUUGAUGUCAAGGCAUAAUGAAGUGUCUGCCCUAUUACAUGCAUCUCGAUUACUCCAACAGUUUAUUGUUGAUGGGUACACUAUGAUCGAAUCACAACGAUUAUUAUGGGUUAGAACUCACCAAAAAGAACUUCGUGUUGAUUUGUAUCAAGGGUUAACUGAUGCAGUUUUGAAUGGAGAAAGAAAUGCUGCUUCCAUUGGCAAGAGGAUAAUUCUUCCUUCAUCAUUCACAGGUGGUGCAAGAUACAUGAUCAAAAACUACCAAGAUGCAAUGGCGAUAUGUAGAUCCAUUGGAUAUCCUGACAUAUUCCUAACCUUUACCUGUAAUCCAGCUUGGCCUGAGAUCCAAAGAUUUUGUUCAAAGAAUUCUUUAAAGCCAUCUGAUAGGCCAGACAUAUUGUGUAGAGUUUUCAAGAUGAAGCUUCAAACGCUAAUGAAGAUUUUGAGGGAGCAAAAGAUUUUCGGAGAAGUUCGUGCAGAGAUAUACACAAUUGAAUUUCAAAAGAGGGGUCUGCCACAUGCACAUAUUCUGUUAUUUCUUUCUCCAGAAGAUAAGAUGAAAGAUGUGAAUGCAAUUGAUCGUGUUAUUUGUGCAGAAAUACCAGACUAUGAUUCUGACCCUAUCCUACAUGAAUUAGUUAAAAAGUACAUGCUUCAUGGACCAUGUGGGACAAGCAACCCAAAGUCGCCAUGUAUGAAAGAUAAAAAAUGUUCAAAAUACUUCCCUAAGAAGUUUAUUGGACACACAAUGGUCGAUGACGAAGGUUAUCCUACCUAUAGACGAAGAGAUAAUGGGCGAGCUAUUGAGGUUAAGGGAGUUAGAUUGGACAAUAGUAAAGGGAAUGACAGAGUUGUUGCUGCAAUAUUUGAUAAUGAAGGUGAUAAUAAUGAAAGCGUACGUGAUGAAAUUAGACAGUACUAUAAUUGUAGAUAUAUUUCUGCAUGUGAAGCUUCAUGGCGUAUAUUUGGAUUUAGUAUUCACCAUAGAAAUCCUUCUGUUGAGAGGCUAAGUUUUCAUCUACCAAAUCAACAAACUGUUAUUUACUCAAAUGAAGACAAUGUCACUGAGUUGCUAGACAAGCCAAGAGUAUCUGAAUCACAGUUCAUAUCAUGGAUGCUUAUGAAUAAGUCUGAUGUUUUUGCUAGGACAUUGACGUACAUUGAAUUCCCUAAUCACUAUGUUUACCAAAAGAACAAAAGGGCUUGGAAGAAGAGGAAAAAAGGAUAUGCGGUUGGUAGGAUGACGCACGUGUCACCUUCAUCUGGUGAAUUAUAUUAUCUCAGAGUUUUAUUGACCAAAGUAAGAGGUCCUACUUGCUUUGAAGAUAUAAAGACAGUGAAUGGAGUAACGUAUGACACAUUUAGGGAUGCAUGUUUUGCAUGUGGUCUACUAGAUGAUGACAGUGAGUAUAUAUCUGCUAUUAAAGAAGCUUCUGUUUGGGCAACUGGGUCACAGCUCCGAAAAUUAUUUGCCAAUAUGCUUCUAUGCUGUAGUCUUCAACGACCACAUUAUGUCUGGACUCAGACAGCCAAACUUAUUUCUGAGGACAUGUUUUACAUUCCUCGAAGUGAUCCAAUUUAUGCAUGCAUUAACAUAAGUGAUAUAGAGAAGGAACAAGCUGCUCUUAAAGAGAUCGAGACUUUUCUUCGCCAAAAUGGUAAGAACCUUGAAGACUUCCCUUUAAUGCCUGUACUUCUAGAGGUUGAACCAAUUGAUGUAACCAAUCAUCUUAUUAUGCAAGAGUUGAGUUAUGACAAGCAAGCUUUGCAAGUAGAAGCAAGUUAA